CUGCAUUUUGACUCUCUCUCUCUCUCUUUCGCUUUCUCUCUCUCUCUCUCUCUCUCUCUCUGCAAAGACGCCUUUUUGAGUGGUGCGAGCUCUCUCUCUCUCUCUCUCUCUCUCUCCAUCUGGGUCGCACUCUCUCUCUCUUCUUUCUCUCUCUCCGGUGUGGAUUCGGUUCGCGGCGCGGAACUUCUCCAGGUUCAUCAGCGGGAGCUAUCGUGGCGAUCUGUGUAGGAAGAACGGGAAGAAGCAGAGCAGCAUGCGGUGGUGGAGCCUGUCGCUUGAUGUAUUCCGAAAAGCCAUCUCUCUGAACCUGUUCUGUAGGGUUAUUCUGUAACUUUCGCUUUGUGUAACACUCCCGAGAUUGUGAUUUUCUCUCGCCUGCCCCGUUUGUCAGUAAACAUCGCUUUCCCCAUGGGAUCCACUUUCUUCGUCGUCGUCCCCUGCUACGUCCGUCAGAUUAGCUGAAAUUUACUCGUAGUCCCGUCUGUGAAAUUACCCGCGUCUUCCCUUCGCCGCCAGUAAUCGGACAAGUCUCUGUUUCUUGUUGUUAGUUCCCUGGUUCCUUGAUCUUGCGCAAGUGCUCUGUGGGUAUUCUUCAAGCUUUUUUCUGAUCAUCAUCUACCGGCGUCCUCGUUGGUUCCUGGAGAUCUUUGGUUUUGUUUCCUGUGUUUCUUGGGUGUUGAUCUGUUGCUCUGCUGGAAGAUAAAAGAAAGUGUUGAAAACUUCUUGAGUUGAGGGGGUUGGGAAGUGUAGUUAUGGUGUGCCAAGCAGCAAGCCAAACGAGAUUCCGGGCAUUGAAACAUGAAAACGGGAUCGCUGGGAAUGCAACCAUCAUUGUCAGAGUAAUAGCGUGCUUUCAACCUCUUCAAGAUUGCCAGGCUGAAUACUUUCGUCAUUUGCUUAAACCUGUCACGUAGAUUGAUUUUGCUCCUUCGUGUUCCUCUUAAGCUGGUGUUCUUAGUUUUUUCCUCUUGUUUCUCAAUCAAAUAGCAAGCAAUCAGCCACUUCUAAUAUUUCAACGUCCAUCAGGUGAUUGUUUUUGUUGGAUGGGAGAAGCCAGUGGGUUCCCGCAGCAGCCCGCACCUUGGCAAUUGCCUAAUUCGGAGUUGCCAAAUCUCCAAAUGAACUUGGGGUAUCCAGGUCUCAUCUCAGGCCAGAAAAGUGGUGGCCAGCAAAUGUUUCCUCCUGGUCGAGUCUCACCACCGGAUAUGUUUUCUGGAGUACCUAAUCCUCGGAUAAGCCAAUCUUAUGAGCCUCAAGGGUGGUUUUAUUGCUUACCGCGCUUCCGGCAAGCUUUGGCCCCUACUUCAGACAAUUUGGUUUUAGAAGACAAGCUCCCUACUACCACUUUUGAGAAAUGGAGGGAUUUCAGCAUGCCUAAUACUGGCACUGUUGGCGCACAGAAGAAAUUUGUUGUUUUUGAUCGCUCGGGUGAUCAGACUACUUUGAUAUACAGUUCUGGGAAUGGAGUUCCUACCGAGCGCCUACCUCCAUGGACUACAAAACAACUUUGUCCUAGAAGUGCUGUCAAUGAUAUUGUAGGGAGCAACACUGAUCAUAAUAAUCAUUUUGGGCCUCUAUCGGUGGAGAGAAUACAUGAAAACCCAGAAACUGAUGUGCAAAGCGAGAUGCAGGAAGAUACAGAAGAGCUCAAUGCCUUGCUCUAUUCGGAUGAUGAUACUGACUAUUCUGAUGGCGAUGACGAUGAUGACGAAGUUACUAGUACUGGCCAUUCACCCAGUACGAUGACAGAUCACGAGCGACGUGGUUUGUCUGAAGAAAGUAACGAGGAGAUAGCUAGUUCAAUUUGGCCGGUUAAGAGGCGAAAGACUUCUGGCGGAGAUAAUAAUCAGCUGCCAUCUCUUAUGGACACUGCAACGUCUUAUCUGAACCAGUCUAUUGGGUCUGAGGAUGAUGCUAAAUCCAGUAGUGCUGAUGGAAAAAAGUACGCUUAUGGCUUGGCUUCUAUAUCUGGUGACAAGAAAAUCAAAAGGGAGAGAAUCCGUGAGACUGUCAACAUUCUGCAAAGCAUAGUUCCCGGCGGGAAGGAAAAGAACGCCAUUGUGAUUCUUGAUGAAGCCAUCAACUACUUGAAAUCCUUGAAGCGCAAAGCCGAGGCACUUGGGCUAGCCCCAUAAAUCCGUAUGUUUCUCUGCCAGUGGUCUGGCGCUAUUACAAGUAGUCCUAUGUUCCUGCUUCUGUUUAAUUAAUAGUGAAUGUAAUGUCUAGCGUGUGCAAAAUAAGUUCGAAGACGGUGGUGUUCGAACGCACGGGCCCUUGUGCAUAUGGCAAAACCGGAAGGGGUCUCUCUAUAGCGAUCGGUGUGGAACACAAAAGUUGUCCUCAACUCUCUAAGGCUGGAGCAUUUUGUCUGAGCAGAGCAGCACCCUUUGCAGUCCCAGCAAAAGGGUUGAAUCAUCAUCAUCAGUCUAUAUUUUAGGGUUUAGUGAAAGUAGGACUCAAAGUUUGGACUGAGCAAAGGAGUUGGAUGUGUGAAUGAGCAGACCAAGUGAAGAGGGGAUUUGCACGCCUCUUAUUGUCCUGGGUCCCGACCCUCACUUUCUCCCAUCCCUUUUCCUGAACUUAGUGCUGUUUUAUCCUUUUGUGGGUCACCCCCCUUUUCGUGUAAAAAAAGAGAGAGAGAGAGAGAGAGAUCUCCCCUCCCCACUCGAACCUCCUUUUAUCAUGCUUGAAAUCCCCCCCUUUGGGAGAUGGGUUAUUUCCAUGCACAAGUCAUAAUCCCCCCCACCCAAGAGAAGAGGAGGAAGGCUCCCGUGUUCUUUCCGGUGGUGCUUUUGCUUUUUACUGUUGGUGGUUGCUGCGAUUUGUGUGAAAAGUGGGAUUGUAAUUAUAAAAAAAAGCUCCUGGUGGGUAGAGAAGGCAUGUCUUUGCUAUUAUGUAUGUUGGCGGUGCGCUUUGGUGUAAACUUUUGAAUUUCUUUUUUCUGCUUUCGUGAAACUACUUUCUGUUGGUGUGAAAUGUCAAAUGGGCGUGCUCCGUGUGAUUUUAUGUUCUUCGUGGGUUUGGUUGUAUUUUCCCUUUUUUGGCUCCCUUCUUUCUCGGCAGAUGCCCAUUGAAUUCGGUUGGUGCUA